GAAUUUCACAAUAUAUUUAAUCAACAAAUUUUAUAUUUGAUCCUCAAAUUUUUCCUGGCUCGACUGUGGUUAGGGUUUUGAAUGAGUAUAUAAUCACCAGAUGAGCUGCUUCUACAAUCUUGGCAGCCCUAAACCCUCUCCUUCUCGCAGCCACCUGUAACAAAGGUAAUACAGAGAAUGGCGACAGUUCCAGGUCAGUUGAUUUGGGAGAUCGUGAAGAGGAACAACUGUUUCUUGGUUAAACAAUUUGGCAAUGGCACCGCAGGCGUUCGCUUUAGCAAGGAACCCAACAACCUCUACAAUCUCAACUCCUACAAGCACUCAGGGUUGGCAAACCGCAAAAGCGUAUUUAUUCAGCCAGGUGGGAAAGACCUGUCAGUGGUGCUAGCUACCACUAAGACCAAGAAGCAGAACAAGCCUGCUCGCUUGCUUCACAAAUCCGUCAUGAGGAAGGAGUUCCCUAGGAUGGCAAAGGCUGUUGUCAAUCAGGUUGCUGAUAACUACUACAGGCCUGAUUUAAAGAAGGCAGCCCUUGCAAGGCUUAGUGCUGUUAACAGGAGCCUUAAGGUUGCCAAAUCUGGUGUCAAAAAGAGAAACAGACAAGCAGUGAAGAUCACUGGUAGGAAGUGAAUGUAGUGGGAAGAUGUCAUGUUUUGUUCGUCAAAUGGUUUCCAUUUUGUUUUUAGAACUAAAAAAUGAUGGUUUAUUUUAUUUUCUAUGUUAGCAUUGACAAUGUAUUGGGGAGAUUAUCCCCUUCUACUAUGCUUGGAAGGGUGUAAAAUCUAGUUUUUGACAUAUAUUUGUUAUAAGUUUAAUGGGUGCUUUAUUUUGUUA